AUGGUCCUCGCUCUUCUUCAUGGUCCUCGCUCUUCUUCAUGGUCCUCGCUCUUCUUCAUGGUCCUCGCUCUCUUCAUGGUCCUCGCUCUUCUACAUGGUCCUCGCUCUUCUUUAUGGUCCUCGCUCUUCUUCAUGGUCCUCGCUCUCUUCAUGGUCCUCGCUCUCUUCAUGGUCCCCGCUCUUCUUCAUGGUCCUCGCUCUUCUUCAUGGUCCUCGCUCUCUUCAUGGUCCUCGCUCUCUUCAUGGUCCUCGCUCUUCUUCAUGGUCCUCGCUCUCUUCAUGGUCCUCGCUCUUCUUCAUGGUCCUCGCUCUUCUUCAUGGUCCUCGCUCUUCUUCAUGGUCCUCGCUCUUCUUCAUGGUCCUCGCUCUUCUUCAUGGUCCUCGCUCUUCUUCAUGGUCCUCGCUCUUCUUCAUGGUCCUCGCUCUUCUUCAUGGUCCUCGCUCUUCUUCAUGGUCCUCGCUCUUCUUCAUGGUCCUCGCUCUUCUUCAUGGUCCUCGCUCUUCUUCAUGGUCCUCGCUCUUCUUCAUGGUCCUCGCUCUUCUUCAUGGUCCUUGCUCUUCUUCAUGGUCCUUGCUCUUCUUCAUGGUCCUCACUCUUCUUCAUGGUCCUCGCUCUUCUUCAUGGUCCUCUCUCUCUUCAUGGUCCUCGAUCUCUUCAUGGUCCUCGCUCUUCUUCAUGGUCCUCGCCUUCUUCAUGGUCCUCUCUCUUCUUCGUGGUCCUCGUUCUUCUUCAUGGUCCUCGCUCCUCUUCAUGGUCCUCGCUCUUCUACAUGGUCCUCGCUCUUCUUCAUGGUCCUCGCUCUUCUUCAUGGUCCUCGCUCUUCUUCAUGGUCCUCGCUCUCUUCAUGGUCCUCGCUCUUCUACAUGGUCCUCGCUCUCUUCAUGGUCCUCGCUCUCUUCAUGGUCCUCGCUCUUCUUCAUGGUCCUCGCUCUUCUUCAUGGUCCUCGCUCUUCUUCAUGGUCCUCGCUCUCUUCAUGGUCCUCGCUCUCUUCAUGGUCCUCGCUCUUCUUCAUGGUCCUCGCUCUUCUUCAUGGUCCUUGCUCUUCUUCAUGGUCCUUGCUCUUCUUCAUGGUCCUCACUCUUCUUCAUGGUCCUCGCUCUUCUUCAUGGUCCUCGCUCUCUUCAUGGUCCUCGAUCUCUUCAUGGUCCUCGCUCUUCUUCAUGGUCCUCGCCUUCUUCAUGGUCCUCUCUCUUCUUCAUGGUCCUCGUUCUUCUUCAUGGUCCUCGCUUCUCUUCAUGGUCCUCGCUCUUCUACAUGGUCCUCGCUCUUCUUCAUGGUCCUCGCUCUUCUUCAUGGUCCUCGCUCUUAUUCAUGGUCCUCGCUCUCUUCAUGGUCCUCGCUCUUCUACAUGGUCCUCGCUCUUCUUUAUGGUCCUCGCUCUUCUUCAUGGUCCUCGCUCUCUUCAUGGUCCUCGCUCUCUUCAUGGUCCCCGCUCUUCUUCAUGGUCCUCGCUUUUCUUCAUGGUCCUCGCUCUUCUUCAUGGUCCUCGCUCUUCUUCAUGGUCCUCGCUCCUCUUCAUGGUCCUCGCUCUUCUUCAUGGUCCUCGCUCUUCUUCAUGGUCCUCGCUCUUCUUCAUGGUCCUCGCUCUUCUUCAUGGUCCUCGCUCUCUUCAUGGUCCUCGCUCUUCUACAUGGUCCUCGCUCUCUUCAUGGUCCUCGCUCUCUUUAUGGUCCUCGCUCUUCUUCAUGGUCCUCGCUCUUCUUCAUGGUCCUCCCUCUUCACCGCAGACUCUGGACUGACUGACAGCAGCUUGGACCCUGGAUUAUCUCACCCUCUCUCGCCCUGCUGUGCGUGUUUUCUGGUGGGUUUGUCGGCACCAGUGACGCAGGACCAGAGGGGAAUUACAGAGAAGGACCAGUGA